UGAUGUGAUGUCAACAGAUACAUGGAGCUGUCGACAUGGAACUUCCAGUCUUUUUUAUUUCAAAACGUUGCUUUUGGGUUUAAAUGCACCUGUUUGAGAAUGAGAGGCGUUAACCACAAAGUUUUGUUGCUGUCCUUUUUGCUGUUAUGUGUAAAUCCGUGUGUGCCAGAGCGAGCUGAGAGGGACAACUUGUUGGACCUGCGUGAUGGAGAGGACCGAGUGGAUGUGAACCAUAAGGAUAUUCCAGCUAAAAGCCAGCAAACAUUAAUAAAACAUGACCAAGAAGAUGGACACGAUUCAAUCGACCCACAGAAGCAGGGACAGUCUCUCAGCAAGUCCAAUGACACUGAUAACUACAGCAACCUAACCCUCCACUCUACAAAACCUCCUGUCAAGCCAACGACCCCGACACCCCCUACCGCCAAGCCUAUCCUGCCUGUGCAGACAGGGGUCAAGGCCCAAGAAGAAGAGCAGUCCAGCGGGUUGACCAUUUUUUUCAGCCUGCUGGUUAUUGGUAUCUGCAUCAUAUUGGUGCACCUGCUCAUCAAGUUCAAACUGCAUUUUCUUCCAGAAAGUGUGGCUGUUGUCUCCCUCGGGAUUCUAAUGGGAGGCUUUAUCAAGAUUAUUGAGUUCCAGGAACUGGCCAACUGGAAGGAAGAGGAAAUGUUCCGACCAAACAUGUUCUUCCUUCUGCUCCUUCCGCCCAUCAUCUUUGAAUCGGGAUACUCUUUACAUAAGGGUAACUUCUUCCAGAACAUUGGCUCCAUCACGCUCUUUGCUGUGCUCGGCACGGCCAUCUCUGCCUUCAUCGUCGGAGGAGGGAUCUAUUUCCUUGGGCAGGCUGGUGUGAUCUAUAAGAUGUCAAUGACUGAUAGCUUUGCCUUCGGCUCACUGAUCUCAGCUGUGGACCCCGUGGCGACCAUCGCCAUCUUUAACGCCCUGGAUGUUGACCCGGUCCUCCAAAUGCUGGUGUUUGGAGAGAGCAUCCUCAAUGACGCUGUCUCCAUUGUCCUCACGAACACGGCGGAGGGAUUUUUUUCCGGCUCAGACAACUCCACAGUAACAGGCUGGGAGACUUUCUUACAAGCGUUGGGUUAUUUCCUCAAAAUGUUUUUUGGUUCUGCUGCUCUGGGAACCCUCACUGGACUCAUCUCGGCUAUUUUUCUAAAACACUUCGAUCUGAGGAAGACUCCUUCACUGGAGUUUGGUAUGAUGAUAAUCUUUGCGUACCUUCCCUAUGGACUGGCAGAAGGCAUCAAACUGUCUGGAAUAAUGUCCAUCCUGUUUGCGGGAAUCGUGAUGUCUCACUACACCCAUCACAACUUGUCUCCUGUCACCCAGAUCCUCAUGCAGCAGACACUGCGCACAAUGGCCUUCAUGUGUGAAACGUGUGUGUUUGCCUUCCUCGGUCUCUCCAUCUUCAGCUUCCCUCAUAACUUUGAAAUAUCCUUCGUCGUCUGGUGCAUAGUCCUGGUUCUUCUAGGCCGAGCAAUAAACAUCUUCCCUCUGUCAUUCCUGCUCAACUUCUUCAGAGAUCACAAGAUCACUCCCAAAAUGAUGUUCAUCAUGUGGUUUAGUGGUUUGCGAGGUGCCAUCCCUUACGCCUUGAGCCUCCAUUUGGGCCUGGAGCCAAUUGAGAAAAGGCAGCUUAUUGGCACCACCACCAUCAUCAUUGUUCUCUUCACCAUCCUCCUCAUGGGGGGCGGGACCAUGCCACUCAUUCGCAUCAUGGACAUCGAGGAAAGCAAGUCGCGGCGUAAGAACAAGAAAGACAUCAAUCUCAGCAAGACGAAGAAAAUGGGUAAUACCAUUGAAUCCGAGCACCUUUCUGAACUAACAGAGGAGGAGUACGAGGCGCAUAUCUACCAGAGGCAAGAUCUGAAGGGCUUUAUGUGGCUAGAUGCUAAAUACCUUAACCCCUUCUUCACUCGCAGGCUCACUCAAGAGGACCUGUUACAUGGCCGGAUCCAGAUGAAGACGCUGACCAACAAGUGGUACGAAGAAGUUCGCCAGGGACCCUCAGGCUCUGAGAAUGAUGAUGAUGAAGCUGAACUUCUGUGAAUGUAACAAACAUUUUCCGUGUGAAUGUGCAUCUUUAGUGCACAGUGGUUCUGCAAUGUGUCAAAUUCCAGUGGGGUUCCUGUAAAACUGGAAUCCUAAAUUGUAACACUGGAACCAAAAAAAGACUUACCUGUGAAAUUAUAUUUCUCCUAUAAAUGCCAUAUUGUUACUUGCUAAAGAAACACAGGAAGUUUGGUUGAUCUCUUUCCCUGAUGCUUCUUUACAACACGAAGGUCUGAAGGUCAUGUGGGUAUGUUAAGCAAUACAAGAGCACCUUUUCGCUUUGGUUGGUUCUUCACUUUUGUAUUGUCUCUGAUCUUUGUAACAUAAGCUUAAUUUUAAGUUUAAGUGUGUCAGGGGAAGGAUGCAUCAUACUGUUGCGACAGGCUUUAUUUUAAAAGUAUGAUUCGAAAUAGGCCACUGGUUGCAGCUUUAAGUGGCUUCCAGAUUUAAUUCUCUCCAGGUUUCUACAUGUGUAUGCAUUAAUGAAUCUGACUGAACCCAUACUGUACAUAUAUAAUGAAGAUAAGACAAAUCUAUACCAGCAGUGAAGCUGAGCGUCCACUACAGCCUCCAGUAACGCAGCAAAUGAAGAUAAAUACUGGAGAGAGUUAAAACUAAUGAAAAUAUUCAUUUUCCAAACAUUAAACGUCUCGCUUACAGGAUAAUAAUUAUGCUCAAGGAUAUUGCUUUCAUUUGCAAUCAUGGAUACGGUUUGCCUUCACCAGAUCAAGUUUUCUGUUUCUUUUUCAGUCUCUGGCGAGGCUCUUUCCACAACAUGUGUAUGUAAGGAAAUGUUGCUUUUGUGAUUGUUCACUAUGUAUUCCUAAUGAGCAUAGGAAGCAAUGAAUGUGUGGGUAACUGGGAUCAAUAACUUGUGAAUCUAUUUAUUCAUCAAAUAUGUAUGUGUUGUUUGUGGGACAAAAGCUUUUUUUACUAGCUCUAUGAGCACUGCAGAAAAAUAGGAACAAAUAUUAAAUAAAACAAUAUUGACAUCCUAAA